GCGCGCCUCACGUGACCGUCAGGACGAGACACUCAAAUCAUUUAAUAGUGAUUAAUGAAGAAGACAAUCUAUCGGAAGAACAGAUCAUGAGGCCGUUCCGCGAUGUUUUGUAUAAUCGUUAUUUAUCGCCUUUUUUUUCUAGUUUUACAGAGAACAAGUUACUCGUGAACUCAUUACUCAGCAGUUUCACUUAUAAUAAUGAACGAACGGCAACUUCAGGUUGUUUUUUCUUAGGUUGUUUUGUUAGCCUGCUAAGGAUGAACCCCCCGUGCCGUGUUUACCCUAAAAACAAGAGAAGUGACUUCAGUCGUAGACACACAGGGGCAUGAAGAUGCGAGGGCGGAGAAGAGGAAGGCAGUGCCUGAUGCCGCAUUGCUGAAGACAGGAAGAAGAGCCGCACACAAUUUCACCAGAUGGCAGAACUCUGUUGCCUAAAAGGAAGUGUCUGGAAGAUCAUUUGACACACGUUGUGUAAUGUUGUGUAAGUUCAUUCAAUGUAUGAGAGGACUGCUGACGUUAAGGAACAACAAGUUGCAGAGGAACCACACUGUAAACUGCAAUCUGGGGCAUCCAUGGUCAUGAAAGACUCUUGAACCACUACUGUAUUAUGUUAAUCAGGUGUUUUUCCAAAGUGAGUUUGUCAUUUUGCGCUUUACCUAUACAGCCAAAUAUUGUUUUACUGAGACAUUUCAAAUUAAGUACAUGUUUCAAGGUUUCAGCUGCAGGGAUUUGACCCUGUGACUUUCUGAGCUACUUAACCACUGAGAUCUUCAUACUGGUACUGCGAUGGCACUGGGACCUUGUUGUGCAGAACUGAAGUCCGAGCGUGUAAAGUUGGUGGAGGACUGGAGUCAGCACAUCACCUUCCUCCUGGAGUUCCUGUACCAAGUGGGGGCACUGACCGAGGAGGAUGUCAGCUUGAUACAGGGUGGAGGCUCCCUGGGCAAUCGGGACCGCAUGCGGUUGCUACUGGAUGUGUUGCACGGGCGUGGGGAGGAGGCAUGUCGUGCAUUCCUGCAUGCACUGAAGGAACUACCAAAAGAGCAACAGGGGCAAGCAUCACAAACAAGGAGAAUACCAAGGACAACCAUGGAGCUGCUCAGGAAGCACAAAGAGAUCCUGGGAAGGGAACACGUCCCUGCAGACUACCUCAGUGUCCGAGGGGGACAACUGAGCGGCAGUGAGCUUGGUCCGUUCACAGAGACCACAUUGUCCCAGCGUCAGGGAUAUGCGGUCCCCCUGCGCUACCAGCACGAGACAACUGAGGUCGGUGAUGCCUUCCGCAAGGCGGAGCUAGGCCCCGAAGGCCAGGGACAGACCUGUGAGUUCUCCAAGGUGUGCCAGAGUUUGUUGUUUGACCGAGCGGAUGGGGUUACUCUUCUUUCAGGGGUAGCAGGCAGUGGAAAGACCACAUUGGUGAGGAGACUGGUGCACGACUGGGCUGCCAGCGAGGAGUCCCAGAAGGUGGUCUUCUCCCUGUCUUUCCGGGAGCUGAACCUAGUCAGUGAGCCACAGAGCCUGCAGGAGCUGCUGUGCGUGCACUACAAUCACCUCAGAGCCAUUCUGCCCCAGAUCCUUGCCUCCGAUUUUGGCCGCAUUCUUCUCAUCCUGGAUGGACUAGAUGAGUUUCGGUUCCCACUCGACUUUGAUAGGACUCCUAAAUGCUCUGACCCUGAGCUUGCCCAGUCCAUGGGGGACAUGGUGGUAAACCUCAUCAAAGGGAACCUCCUUCCUGGCAUGUCACUCCUCCUCACCUCCCGGCCUCAUGCCCUCUCCAAGGUACCACCCCAGCUGGUGUCUGUGUUCUACACUGUGCUGGGUUUCUCCCCAGACCAACAGCGCCAGUACUUCCUGCAGACCUGCCGGACCCCCAGAGCUGCUGAAAAGGUGUUGCAGUAUGUGUCCUCCCACCAGCCCCUCCUGCUCAUGUGCCACAUCCCUGCCUUCUGCUGGAUUGUUGCCACUGCCCUGCAGGACUCAGUUGAAGCACAAGGCUCCACCCCUCUCCAAGAUCCCAUGCCCUUGUCCACCCACGAGACAACAGACAGUCCUAUCGCCACUGAGCCAAAAACUAUGUGCACGCUGACUGAUGCUCCGCAAGGCCCUGGAAAACCUGCUACAGUCACUGAAAUCUACUGUUGCUUCUUGAAAGCAAUCCUGGUGUUCCAUGGGGAGGGACGGGAGGGGACAUCCAGGGUGCACCGGCUCCAGGAGGCACCCCGGGUGCUGCGAGGCAUGCGAUCCCUGCUGCGGGACCUGGGUGCCCUGGCUUUCCGGGGACUGUUGGAGAGGCGCUUCCUAUUUGAUGCAGCUGACCUUGGUGCCCUGGCCCUGAACUGCAGUGAUCUGUCCCGAGCCUUCCUGGUGGAGAUCCUGCGGGAGGACCGUGCCUCACUAGCCUGCGAACGGAGCUUCCACUUCAUCCACACCAGUGUGCAGGAGUUCCUGGCUGCGCUCUACUAUGUCCUACAGUCACUGUCCGGUGCCGACCCUUUCUUCAGUCCCAAGCCCGGCCUGGCGUCGCUGACUGGGAAAGCCCUGACGGCUGCCACAUGCCGGCUGCUCGGACAUAACCGACUUGUGCGCAGGAAUGUCAAGAAGGCCUUCCGCUUGAGUGAGAGCCACCAGUCCGGUCACCUGGACCUUUUCUGCAGAUUUGUGUCAGGACUCUUGGUCCCUGGCACUCACCAGAUACUGGACGGGAUUUUCCCCCGGGAGCCUCGGAAACUCUUCCCCGGUUCCACCGGUCGGGCUGCUGCCCCAACCAGCCCCACCUCUGCCCCUCCAUUUCUACUGAGGCUGCUUCACUCCCAGCUGCAGCGCCAAGAGCUCCGACCAGAGCGACAGGUCAACGCCUGCCACUGCCUGUAUGAGGCACUGGACCCGGGUCUGUCUGCCCGUAUGCAAAACUGGCUGUGCCUCUUGGCCCAGCAGGCUGUAGCAGGAUCUGUUCGAACCGAGCAGGAUUGGAGCGAGCUGGCCUUCCUGCUGGAGCUGAGUCCUUCGCUACAGGACUUGAAUCUGGAAGCCCAAGGCCUGGGGGCCGAGGGGCUACGUCGCUUGCUACCCGUGCUACCCCUGUUCAGCACCCUCAGAUUGGGCCUGAAUCCUCUCGGCCCAGAGGGGGCUGCCAUCCUGUCUCAGGCACUCAGAAGCCCAGAUUGUCGCAUCGAGAGGCUGUGGGUGGUGCAGACAGGCCUGGGCUGUGAAGGAAUGAAGAUCCUCACUGAGGGACUGAGAGAGAACCACACAGUGGUGGAUCUAAGAAUGGCCAUCAAUGGCAUUGGGGACGAGGGCGCGUACUGCUUGGCAGAACUGCUGAGGACUAAUCGCACACUCAGGGAUAUCAGGCUCCGUGACAAUAAGGUGACAGACAAGGGUGCGGAGUGUUUGAUGGCUGCGCUGGUGGAAAACACCACUCUGCAGUGUCUGUGGUUAUUUGACAAUAAGUUCUCCAAGGAUGGGGUCCAGAGACUGAAGGAGUUUGCAAAAGGCAGAGCUACGCUGGACAUCAAAGUGUGCAUCUGAUGUCAUCUGGUCCACUUUCUCAUUAUUAGGGAGCCCCGACAGCGCUGCACGCUGGCGUUUUGGGCACUACAAUCUGUGAUGUCACGUCUGUUACUGUUAAUAUUGUUUUUUAAAAUCAAUCUCUGCAUUCAUGCUGUUGUAUAUUAAAAGUGUAAGCAGUGUUUUUUGCUAUUCAGUUUACUAUUCAGGUGUUGGUGUACUUUAGUGUUAGUUCAGGUUGACCUGCUGGGCUACUUUGCGAACCUCAGCAUGGAGGCAUUUCUGUGCCCUUCCUACAGAGGGCACAGCUGAGCACAAAGGCAAUUGCUCACUUAAAAAAUUGUUUUGGUUUGGGAAAGGUUUUUUUUUUUUUUUUUUUUUUUCCCCCCCAGACUGCAUUUCUGUCUGAAGUUAAUAUACAUUUUAAUUUAUAUGUUUUAUAGCUCUGACUAAACACCUGGGA